AUGGCAGUUUUUCUGUUGGGAGCAGCAUUGCUUAUUGUUCAACCUCAGGCAGUGCCUUCUAGACCAGCCAUCAACUCUAAGGCUGAGGCUACUGUUCAGCCUGCUCAGAAAGAACCUUUUCAGAAAAGUGACUUCAAAGAAAACAUUCAUCUCAAUGGAACAUUUCAGCAGCUUCCACAAACUGUCAUCAUUGGAGUACGGAAAGGUGGAACAAGGGCCCUGCUAGAGAUGCUAAGUCUCCAUCCAGAUAUAGCGGCAGCAGAAAGUGAAGUCCACUUCUUUGACUGGGAAGAGCAUUAUGGAAAUGGAUUGCAAUGGUAUAUUAACCAAAUGCCAUUCUCUUAUCCCUACCAGAUAACCGUGGAGAAAACCCCAGCAUAUUUCACCUCACCUAAAGUGCCUGAGAGAGUGUAUAGCAUGAACAAGCUUAUCAAAUUACUCCUUAUUUUAAGAGACCCGACAGAGAGGGUGUUAUCAGACUAUACUCAAGUGUUCUAUAAUCACAUGCAAAAACAUAAGCCAUAUCCCUCCAUUGAAGAGUUCCUGGUUAAAGAUGGUGAACUCAAUGUGAACUACAAGGCAAUAAACAGAAGUUUGUAUUAUAUUCACAUGCAAAACUGGCUGAAGUAUUUUCCUUUGGAUCACAUUCAUAUUGUAGAUGGAGACAAGCUGAUCAAAGAUCCUUUUCCUGAAAUAGUGAAGGUAGAAAGGUUUUUAAAGCUAUCUCCUCAGAUAAAUGCUUCAAACUUUUACUUCAAUAAAACAAAAGGCUUUUACUGCCUAAGGGACAGUGGUAGGGAUCGGUGUUUACAUGAGUCAAAAGGAAGAGCACACCCCAAAGUAGAUCCAAUUUUACUUGAAAAACUGCAUGGAUAUUUUCAUGAACCAAAUCGCAAGUUCUUUGAACUUGUUGGCAGAACAUUUGACUGGCACUAAAAAUGGUGGUAAGUUGGGGAUAGAAGAUUCUGAGGAGCCCAUGGUACUCCAGUGUGCAUUUAGAAAAAGAGGGCAUUUAAGCUAUAAUAUUUAUUUGUAAAAUCCAUAAAUUACUUCUGUACAGUAUUAGAUUCAUAACUGCCAUAUAAGUUAGUAAUAUUUUUCUACUUGUUAAAUUAAAAAAAACAUUUUGUAAUGUUUUUCAUGGUUAACACUGUGUAGUAUGUCUAAUAUGAAGAAACAAAAAUAUUUCAUGGAAGAACGUC